CUGCUUAAGAGGUGUGCCUUUAGUAGUCACGGCGACCGUUUCUUCUUCGCCUAAAUCGCUUGUAGCCGAGAAAAUUCGCCGGAGGAGAAGCAAGGGGUUUAUGCAUGCUUCCAGUUCAUCGGAUCACGUAUCUUCGUUUAAUUCCGACUUCUAAUUUGUGGUUUGCUGCAGCAUUUUGCUCUUUGGUAUUCGAAGUCUCCACACGGGCAAAUGUCGGAUAUUCGGAAAUGGUUUAUGAAAGCCCAUGAAAAGGGAAAUGGUAGUGCUCCAAAUCGACUUCUUUCCAAGGCAGUUGCUGUGACUAGUGCUGCAGAGACUGCAUCCAUAAAAUCAGAGCAGGCUAGUGAAGACCAGGAAAGUGCUGCUAGAAGAAAAACGAGCAAGUAUUUUGGUAAAGAUAAAACAAUAGCUAAAGAUGAGAAAGAGGUGGGAGAAAUUCCUGCCAAGAGGAAACUUAAGACAGAUUCUGAUGAUUUAGGCAAGUCCCGUCCAAGAAAGGCUAUCAAGGUUGAUGAUGACGAUGAUGAUUUUGAGGUACCUAAUUCAAGGAAGACUCGUGAUAGCACUCCCAGCAAAAAACUAAAGUCUGGAUCAGGCAGAGGAGUCACAAGUAAAGCCGUUGAUAUUGACGAGGAUGAUGAUGGUGAAGAUGCCCAAGAAAAAGAGACUCCUCUAAAAUCAGGUGGAAGAGGCCGUGGCGGUAGAGCUGCAUCAGGGGCCUCAACUGGUGGAAGAGGUAGAGGUGGAGGGCGAGGUGGGUUUAUGAAUUUUGGUGAAAGGAAAGACCCACCGCAUAAAGGAGAAAAGGAAGUUCCUGAAGGCAACCCUGAUUGCUUAGCUGGAUUGACAUUUGUAAUUAGUGGAACACUUGAUAGUUUAGAAAGAGAAGAAGCAGAAGAUCUGAUAAAGCGACAUGGUGGUCGUGUUACAGGCUCUGUUAGCAAGAAAACGACUUACCUUUUGUGCGAUGAAGACAUCGGCGGAAGGAAAUCCGAAAAGGCUAAAGAGCUGGGCACUAAGUUCCUUACAGAGGAUGGCCUAUUUGACAUGAUCCGUUCCUCUAAACCCGUUAAAAAGUCUCUACCUGAAAGGACCAACAAAGGCACUGAAAAAGUCAGUGCACAGCUGAAGAUAAGUCCUCAGAAGGAAGAGACAAGAGGCAAACUUGUAGCGAAAAUUUCACCCAACAAGGUUCCCCCACAUUCCUCACCAGCAAAGGCAAAAAAGAAAAUUAUCCAGACUUCCUUGCCAUGGACGGAAAAAUACAGACCGAAGGUUCCAAAUGAGAUUGUUGGGAAUCAGUCAUUGGUUACUCAGCUUCACAACUGGCUGUCCCAUUGGCAUGAUCAAUUUGGGGGUACUGGAAGUAAAGGAAAGGGGAAGAAAUUAAAUGAUGCCGGUGCCAAGAAGGCUGUGCUUAUGAGCGGAACACCUGGUAUUGGAAAAACAACAUCAGCAAAGUUGGUUAGUCAGAUGCUUGGUUUCCAGGCAGUUGAGGUUAAUGCUAGUGACAGUCGUGGAAAGGCAAACUCGAAUAUCGCCAAAGGAAUUGGUGGUAGCAAUGCAAAUACUGUAAAAGAACUUGUCAAUAACGAAGCUAUUGCUGCUAACAUCGAUAGGUCAAAGCACCCAAAGACGGUUCUAAUCAUGGAUGAAGUAGAUGGAAUGUCUGCAGGCGACAGGGGAGGUGUAGCAGAUCUUAUUGCUAGCAUUAAAAUAUCAAAAAUUCCUAUCAUCUGCAUUUGUAAUGACCGAUACAGUCAGAAACUGAAAAGUUUAGUAAACUACUGCCUGCCCCUCAAUUUCCGGAAGCCCACAAAACAGCAGAUGGCAAAAAGGUUGACACAUAUUGCUAAGGCAGAAGGCCUUGAAGUUAAUGAAAUUGCCCUGGAGGAACUCGCUGAGAGAGUGAAUGGUGACAUACGUUUGGCCCUAAAUCAGCUACAAUAUAUGAGCCUGUCCAUGUCAGUCAUCAAGUACGAUGAUAUCAGGCAGCGCCUGCUAAGCAGUGCGAAGGAUGAAGAUAUUUCGCCUUUCACAGCUGUUGACAAGUUGUUUGGUUAUAAUGGUGGGAAGCUGAGAAUGGAUGAACGGAUUGACCUUAGCAUGAGUGAUUUUGAUUUGGUUCCCCUUCUUGUACAGGAAAACUAUCUCAAUUAUAGGCCAAGUUCCACCGGCAAAGAUGAGGCAAAACGAAUGGAGUUGCUUGCUCGUGCUGCUGAAUCUAUUGCAGAUGGAGAUAUUAUCAACGUGCAGAUUCGGAGACAUAGGCAAUGGCAACUCUCUCUAUCUUCCUGUGUUGCAUCUUCUAUUCUCCCAGCUUCAUUGUUGCAUGGAUCAAGGGAGGUGCUCGAGCAGGGAGAACGUAAUUUCAAUAGAUUUGGUGGGUGGCUUGGCAAGAAUUCUACUGCAGGAAAAAAUACAAGGUUGCUGGAGGAUCUGCAUGUUCAUGUCCUUGCUUCCCGUGAAUCCAGCUCUGGAAGGGAGACUAUUCGUGUUGAUUACCUUCCCCUUCUCUUGAAUCGCUUGACGAGCCCACUUCAGACACUACCUAAGGAUGAAGCUGUUUCAGAAGUUGUUGAAUUCAUGAACUCCUACUCUAUAAGCCAGGAGGACUUUGAUACUAUUAUGGAGUUGGCAAAAUUUAAGGGACGUGCAAAUCCAUUGGAGGGUGUCCCACCUGCAGUUAAAUCAGCUUUGACUAAAAAAUAUAAUGAGACGAAUAAAACCAGAAUGGUACGUGCUGCUGACAUGGUUCAGCUUCCGGGAAUGAAAAAGGCGCCAAAGAAGAGAAUAGCUGCAAUGCUUGAACCAAGUGUUGAAAGUUUGAAAGAUGAAGAUGGUGAACUGUUGGCAGAAAACGAAGAAGAAAAUGAAUCAGACGCUGAAGACUCAGAAGAAGCAACCGAUGGAGAAAAGCUGGAGUCAAAUCUAAAAAAUCUGAAUGCUAGAGGGAUUCAAGUUGAAGUGGAUGUGAAAGGAGCUGGAAGUUCAGGUUUAAGAAAGGCAGCGGGUAAAGGCAGAGGCAGAGGCAAAGCAGCAGAUGCCUCUGAGAAGAAAGCUGCAGGACGAGGCUCUGGUGCCAAGAGAAAGAGAUGAGAAGCCAGAGAAGCCAAAUCGUUUCGGUUUUCCGGCAAUUUUACUAAGAAAUGUCUCUUUCUGGAGUGUUCAUUUUUGGGUACAGAGGAUUUUAGUUUUUUUUUUUUUUUUCCCUUUUACUGGAUUUGCAACUGAAUGUAGGCUGCUUCUGGAGUUUCAAGGGCGGAUUCUAGUUUGUAUUGAGCGCAAAAUGCCAUUUGCUGUUUUACUGAUAUGGAGAAAAAAAAACUACCACAACAAGACAAAACUUCAUAAUGAGUGUACUUAGCA